AUGCCCGACGCAUCGCCCAGUUCGAGCACAUUGCCGGGUGCAGCGGCAGCAGCGGCCAGCACCAAAGGGGCGGGGAGCAAGGCGAAGAAUGCAACUGCGCCCAAGCGCAUAGCCAUCGUAGGAGCUGGUGUUUCAGGUCUAGCAUCCGCCUAUUCCUUUUCCUUGGCAGCUGCUGCUGAAAAGUUCAAAGUGACGGUACUGGAAGCGGGUCCGUGCGUAGGUGGUUCAGCCUACUCGCAUCAAUUACCAGCUGCGCGCACCUCAAAGGCGGACGAAACUUCGCCCAACGGUGAUGCGAAUACAGGAAGUGCUUUGGACUUGGGCGCAGAGUACAUCAACGAAGGCGUGCAGGGCAUCUCCCCCGCUUUUCACAACACCUUCAAGGUGAUGGAGGAUGUGCUGGGUUUCAAGGCGCAGCAAGUCGGCCUGCAAAUCUCGUUUGGUAAAGGAGAGGAGGAGUUCUGGUCGAACCUCUACCCAAGCAAACUUGUCGAUCGCUUCAGGGAUGAUAUCAAAAAGGUGAGGGAUAUGAGCGCAAGUGCAAGUGGUGGUCAAGUGGUUGCAGAGUGCGCCCCCCCUCCCUCUUCCAUUUUGCUCACUUUGCGCCCCCCGGCCCCCGACCUCGCACGCAUAUACACGACAGUUUGGACGCGCACUGAACACCAUCAAGACUUUUGAGCCCAUCUUUGCGCUCAUUCCCAUCAGCGCCACCAUGAAGAUCUUUCGCUUUUCACCCGAAUUUGGCGAGCGCAUGGUCUUUCCACUGGUAGCGCUCUUCUUUGGCACGGGAAACGAGACGAAGCACGUGUCUACUGCCAUCUUGGAACGCGUCUUUAAGGAUCCUUCGAUGCGCCUCUUUGAAUUCAGCGAGGAGUCGCUUUUGGCUUCUGUGCCUACUAUGAUGGCCUUUCCUGAAUUGGCGCGCAUGUAUGGCAACUGGAGGAAAGUGAUUACGAGCACCGGCAAUGUAGAGGUCAAGACGGAUGCGCCGGUGAAGAGCGUUGUUAGGGGGACAAAGGAGGCGAAGCGCAAAGGAGGAAACGUUCUCGUCACUUAUCAAGAUGGCAAAGGUGGUCAAGAAGUGGAAGGCGUGUUUGAUGAAGUCAUCUUUGCUUGCGAUGCUGAUUCGGCACUCAAGAUUUUAAAGGCUGGCAAUGGACCUUCGUGGAAGGAGAACAAGGUGCUGGGCAACGUGUACUACCUCGACGAUGUCAGCGUCACACAUACCGAUCUCGCGUACAUGGAGAAGCACUACGAAGUGCACUACACCGACAAGUACAAUGCCAAUCGUAAAGACGAAGAGUCGCAGAAAUCUUUCGACUUUGCAAAGAAGAAUUGGAAACCUCUUUAUUUGAUCAAGGAAUACAAGGAUGAUCCUGCGCUCAUCGAAAUGUCUUUUGACUUGACGGUAUAUCAACCGCAGUUCAAGCAGAUUCAACCGACGGGACUCGGAGCGCGCACGCAGCCUUCCGACGCACCUCCGCACGAGCGAUUGGGCAUCCCUUCAGGCGAGAGUGCGGCCACGCCCCCUCGUCCUUGGGCGACGGAAGAGCAACCGGAGCCUCCAAUCGAUCGACACGUCUUCCAGACCAUCUUCCUCAACAAGGCGGACAGCAAGCGCUGGACCAAGGAAGAGUUGGACCCUGAAAAGGUGCUGUUCGAGAAAUGGUGGAAGCAGCAAAGUCAUCGAUGGCAGCAUUAUGGAGGUACGGUGGCUUGGAUGUGGUCCAUCAAUGGCGCUAAUCACACCACCUAUGCUGGCGCUUGGACGCUCGUCAAUUGCCAAGAAGUGGGCAUCGUCAGCGGAUUUGCGGCCGCUUAUUCCCUCGGAGCUCCUUACCCUUUCAUCGAGGAUCAGGAGUCGGCUAGGUUGUUCAAGGGCUACCUCGCCAUUAUGCACGCUUCUAGAGCUCGUAAAGAGGAUAGAAGCGGAUGGUUCAUGUAG